UCUCACACAAGUGGUGAUACAUAGCUCUUAGCUGAAGUAGGACUGUAGGAGCCAAAAUAUUUUGAAACAUCUCACUUCGAAGCAGAAGAAGAAGAGAUGAAUUUCUUGCAGCUAUCCACUACUUACGUGUCACCUUCCGCUUUUCUUCCCCGCCACCCAUAUGGGUUCCAAAAUCUGGGUUCUUCUAGUACCUUCAAAUUGUCAAAGAAAGAGAGAAGAUGCAUACGAAAGGCUGGUCCUACUAAAAUCACUGCAACAUUUGACCUGAAGCCACCGCCAUAUCCACUUAAUGCUUUGGAGCCAAUUAUGAGCCAGGAGACACUCGAGUAUCAUUGGGGGAAGCACCACAGGACUUAUGUAGAUAAUCUAAACAAGCAAAUUAUUGGAACAGAUCUAGAUGGGAAGUCACUGGAGGACAUUAUAGUUAUUGCGUACAAUAAGGGUGACUUUCUUCCAGCUUUCAACAAUGCAGCACAGGCAUGGAACCAUGACUUCUUCUGGGAGUCCAUGAAACCUGGUGGUGGUGGAAAACCAUCUGGGGAUCUUCUAAAACUGAUUGAAAGAGACUUCGGUUCAUUUGAAAAAUUCCUUGAUAAGUUCAAGAUUGCAGCCUCAACCCAAUUUGGUUCAGGAUGGGCUUGGCUUGCAUAUAAAGAAAGCAGACUUGACGUGGGAAAUGCAGUAAAUCCUCUUAAAACUGACGAGGACAACAAGCUAGUCGUGGUGAAGAGUCCCAAUGCUGUGAACCCUCUUGUUUGGGGCUACUAUUAUCCACUCCUCACUAUUGAUGUUUGGGAGCAUGCUUACUACCUUGACUAUCAGAACCGCCGUCCUGAUUAUAUAUCAGUGUUCAUGGAUAAGCUUGUGUCUUGGGAAGCAGUGAGCUCAAGACUUGAGCAAGCUAAGGCUCUAGUUGCAGAGAGGGAGAGAGAGGAUGAGAGGAAAAGAAUAGAAGAAGAGAAAUGGACAUCCAGUCAAGCUACUCCUGAGAUAUAUCCUGAUGGUGAUGCUGAAUUGGGUGGGAAAUGAGUGAAUUUUUUUCCAUCUAAAAUAGAGUUUAACAUGGCGUAUCCUUUGCUAGGUUUGUGAUAGAGGUUCAAUCACUUCAUGCCGCAAAUUUUGUUCUAUGAUCGAUGUUGUAAAUUAGACUUUGAUGUUAUCAAAUAAAAUGAACACUUGUGAUUAUUCUUUUAGGGCUCGUCUGGUGGACAGUAUAGGAUAAUAGUAGAAUAUGAUAUGGGGCUGAUAAGCCUAUAUCAUGUCUUGUGUUUGAUGAGCACCUGAUUAGCAAUAUGAUAAUAGUAUGUAGAAAGAGAAAGGAGAAAGAAAA